AAUAAAGCCAUCGCAUCGCAGUGCCAAAGGGAGAGACACCCGUGGGCGGCACGGUAGGCAAGGAUGCCUCUCACCAUGAGGCCGAUUCCGCAUGCCCUGAAUCUCGGAGACCCCGAGAUCUAUGGGCAAGGCCCGUCUGGGCAAGGGACACCUGGCACGCAGGUCCUGGAGGAUGUCAACAUGGCGAGCAUGGUCGGCACACUGGCCCAGCUGGGGGUGCUUGCUACGUACGCGCAGGACAUGUUCGACGGGCUGUUUCAGACGGCGGACGACCUUUCGAAGAAGAUCUCGGCCGCCUCCACGCGGUGCUCUAACCUGCUGCAGGCUCUGCCGGAAGCGGAGAAACGGACAGCGGAGGCAAUCGGAAGCGGAACUGGAAUCGACGACAACGCGGCUGUCGAGGCAAUCAAGGCGGAGCGACAGCAUGCCAAACAGGCCGAGAGUGAGGCAGCCUCGAAGGUUUUUCACCCUGAGGCAAUGCCACGGUGGCUGGUCGAAAGAUACCACAGCCCGGAGGUGGCGCGGGUGCCUGACCUCCACCUCAUCGACGCAGUCUUGUCGCACGAAGAAAAGAGUCUCUUGACGAAGGACGGACUGGAUAGCUGUGCGUUGAGAUAUUCCAACCCUCAGUUCUUUUACCAGGAGUGGUAUCGGUUGGAGCUCGAGCGCCAGGAGAAAUCUGUACGCGAGAAGAAGCAGAAGAAGGAGGAGCGGAAACGGCGCAAGGCGGCGGCAAAGGCGGCCGGGGCCAGCGCCGGAGUGGAGAAAGACGAAGAGAGGGCGCGCGCCCCGCGCCCCGCUCGGAAGUCUCUGGGGGACUGGAGGGGCAAGCUUGCCGUCGGCGCGGCCGGGCUGGGCAUCGGCUCCGGGGGGGGCGGUGUUUCCAGGGGGGCGAGCACGAGAGGCGCCGGAGACGUGUCUUCGUUGGUGGGGCAAGAUAAGGUGGUGGUGCAAAAGCGCGAGGCGUACAGCGACAAGUUCUACAGAAAGGAAGAAGAAGAAGCGGACACCAGCUACCAAAUCGCCCCAUCGGAUGCAGGCGCCGCUGUACCAAGCGGAGGGCAGCAGCUUCAGCAGCUCGGGGCUUUGACGCCCGAAGAUUUCAACCGAAAGUUGGGAUCUGCAUCCGAGGGCGGCAGGCUGCUGUUCAAGCCGCCAUCAGCGCGAGGAGGCGAAUCGGGCGGCGCUGGACUGUCCACGAGCCCCCCGCCACCUCCGCCGCAGCAAAGACCUCCGCCACCUCAGGCUCCAGCCGCGCGACCGGGAUCAUCGGCGAGCGCCCCGCUGCCACCCCCGCCCCCUACUUCUGCUCGGCCGCCAGCCCUACCCCAACCGCCCCAAGGGGGACAAUCCACGGCCACGGUUGCUGGUGGUCCUAGUGCGUACGGGGCCCCGCCGGUGCGUCCACCACCGCCGACUGCAAGGCCCCCGCCUCCCCGGCCGGCCCCGCCCCCGCCGCCGCCGCCGCCAACUCAACCGUAUGCACCUCGCCCUUCGUAUCAGGAGCCGAUCGUGACGCCCACGCUCGAAUCAGAGGCUAUGAUGGAGGAAACACACGCUCGUCGUCCGAGCUACGAAAGCUGGGGGAUACCCCCAGAGCCGGCACAAAAUUUCGAGCACGGCGGUGCCCCUGCCGUGGCGCCUCCAGCACCACCGGCUCCUCCCCCGCCAGCCCAGCUCCCUCCGGUACAGGAGGCUUCGCAGUUUGGCCAGCCGCCGCUCCCGCCGCCGAUGCCUCCGGCGAUGCCGUCGAUGGGGCACGCUCCCCCGCCCCCCCCGCUUCCGGCGGCACCACCUGGUAGUGGCGGUGCUUCGAUGCGCGGGGACCUGUUGGCCAGCAUCACGAACGGGAAGAAGUUGAAGAAGGUCGAGAGGCCUGCGCCUGUUGCUGGCGGCGGGGGAGGCGGCGGGGGUAACGAGCUACUGGCCGCCAUCAGGGAUGGCGCUAAGCUCAAGAAGGUGGAACAACCGGCAGCCCCUGCUGUCGAGACAAGCAACCCUCUCUUCGGCGGCAACCCAGGCAUCAACGAAAUCCUCGCAAGGCGGAAGUACUUGGAAGCAGAGAGUGAAGACUCGGACAGCGAUGACGACUCCGACUGGGACGAUGGUUAA